CGCUUUAUGUGCAAGGGUUAAAAUUAUUUCUAGUUGAGAAUAAUAAAACAAGCCGAGAUGUAAAAGGCUUGUUUUUAGGUGUUAUGUUUGUGUCUUGCAGAGUCAUUCUUAGUGUCGUCGUUAAGUUGCAGCUCGAGGACGAGCUGCAUGUCCAGGUGGGGUGUAGUGUUAGAAGAGUCAAGGACCUACUGGGCCUUAGCCCAUUAGGGUUAAUUAGUCGCUUUCUUAGGGGUCAAGUAAGUCUUGCUUGUAAGUCAAGUAAGCCUCUCUAUAUAAAGAGAGGAGAUGUAUCAAUCUAAAAUAAAGCAAGAGAUUAGAAGGAAAUCCCUUCUCUCUUGUCAGCCGCGGGCAGCGCCCCGCGGCUAGCGUUCCUAGCGCCCAAAACCCUAGCCUCCUCUCUCGCUCUCACAGCAGCCUUCCUGUGAACAGUACCCGCGGCACUGUAGCGCGGGUACUGUUCACGCCAUCAGCCGCCGCUCCUUCGAUCCCAAUCCAUCUCCCUCGAUCCCCAGCAGCCACAUAACAACAGGCGUGUGCAUAUUUACACAAGACAUGUUUCAAAUUUUCUCGGUGCUGCUGUCCAAAAGUCCAAUCAGCAAUGGCUCAAUACAAUUAUAUGGAUACAUAGCAGCACGGGAUGAGAGGGAUGGCAUGCUUAACUAUAUUGUAAAUUAUAGCAGGGAUAAUCCCAUCGUUGUGCAGCAGGGUUCUUUGAUUGAAAUGACAGGCCCUAAGAGAGGUAUCGAAAUGAGUUCUAUUGUUCUAAUAGAAUUUGACAUGAGGAUUAAGACUGGAAUACAGGAGGACAAUGAUCUUCAACUGAUUGAUGGAGCAUUAGUAUGCUCAGACGGUAUUUAUAAACCAUGGAAACCAAUUAGAGAGCGGAUUAUUGGCAGUUCUUGUGCAGUUGAUGUAACUUUAGCAGUUCUUGCACAUGCGGUGGAGGCCACAAUAGAAGUUGUUGUUUCAGAACUGCAGAGUGGUUUAGGUUUGUCUCUAAGCUCCUUCCUUGAUGACAUGGAUGCCUAUGAAGAAAUCCAGCUUUUUGAUGGCAUCAUUGCUCAGUCGGGGCCUCUAAGAAGGUUCGUGGUUGCUGUCCCGAUUUAUAAAGUGAUGCUUUUGAAGGUUAAGGUUGGUAACGUUUUCAAACAUACUCAAUAUGGAUCUGCCAGUCGAGAGAUCAAGUUUCAACCUAAGCUACAUGGAUGUACAAGACGACAGAUAAGACUUAAGGUUGCUACGAUCUCGUUGAAGGUGACUUGGUCUGGUGUUCCUGGUGUUGCCUUAUGAGUGUGUUAUAUAUAUAUGUGUGCAUUUUCUAUACUCCUGGGAUUAGUUACUCCCACCUAUCUAAGUUGGAUUUGUGUGCACAAAUAAACCCGUUAAGAGUAUAUCAGCUCCACCGCUAGCCUGAUUUGCAGCUCGUUUGCAUGGGCAUGUUGA